AUGUUCAAGCUGGUGGUGUUGUCUGCCCUUUUGGCCUCUGCUCUUGCUAAGCCACACAUUGCCAUCGAAACCGUGCCCCAGGUGGUGAGCGCUUACACCGCUCCCGUUGUGAAGACCGUCGCUACCGCCCCAUUGGUUGCCACUUACUCUGCCCCAUUGGUCACAUCUUCCAGCUACCAAUCUAGAACCGACUUCCAUGGAAAAGCUGUAUUUGCUGAAGCUACCCCAGUCGUAGCUGCUGCCGCCGCUCCGAUCGUUAAGACCAUCGCUGCUGCCCCAGUCGUCGCCGCUUACUCCGCUCCAGUAGUAACUGCUUCCAGCUACCAAACCAGAACCGACAUCCACAGCAAACCAGUUGUCGCCGUCUCCGCUCCUCUUAUCAAAUCGGUUGCUUACACCGCUCCAGUUGCUGUCUCUGCUCCAGCUUACGCUUACACCUCUCCAGUUGUAAACACCUACGCCGCAGCUCAAGCGUUCCCAGUAACUUACACCCAGAACGUACAGUACGUACAUGGUUUGAACGUGGAGGCUGUCAAGCCCGAAUCCGACUCCGUAACCACUGAGGCCAAGGAAACCGUAACCGAAAACGAAUCCAAGGAGAAGGAAGACUCCCAGGAAAACAUCGAAACUGUCACCGAAUCUAAGAACAUCGAGUUGGAUGAGACCGAUAAAUCAGAAGCUCCCAAGACCGAAGAAGUAUCCAAGACCAACGUCGAAUACACUCCAGUCCUCAACACUCCACUUGUCAACACCUACAGCUACGCUGCUCCAGCUCUGACCUACACCCACAACUUGGCUCUCGCCGCUCCAGUAGCUUACAACCAGCACUUCGUUGCUCCAGUAGCUUACGCCCACAACCUCGCCUACGCUCAACAAUGGUAA